UCUAUCCUUGGUUUUACAUCGAAAGCCGCCGACCCACUUUGCAGAGAGAGAGAGACAGAGACAGAGACAGAGAAAGAGAGAGAAAGCGAGCGUCCCGUAUUCUUGAGAGAGAGAGAGAGAGAGAGAAAGAGAAUGUCGGGGUGGGAUGAGGGAGCGAUCUAUUACAGUGAUCAGGCACAGUCGCUCGGCGGCGACGGCUCCGGCGGUACCGGAGACUCAUCAGCGUCGGCCAGCCACCACUCCGUCCUCCAGAAGUUUAAGGAAUUCCUCCGGAACUUCGGGGCCGAUAAGAACGUUUUCCCUUACAGAGAAAGCCUCAAAUCCAACUCAAAGUACCUGAUUGUAGACCUUGAAGACCUCCACGCCUUCGAUGCCGAUCUCCCCGCCAAGCUCCGUUCCGCCCCUGCCGAUUACUUGCCCCUGUUUGAGAAUGCAGCAGGACAGGUCUUGGCAAGCUUGAAAACAAAAGAGCCUGGAAAUGAAGGACAAUUGGAGGAACCGAUCCCUGAAGAUGUCCAGAUUUUGCUCACUUCGAAGGAAGACCCAGUGUCCAUGCGUUCGCUUGGGGCUCAAUAUAUAUCCAAACUUGUGAAAGUUGCUGGUAUCACUAUAGCGGCUUCGAGGGUUAAGGCAAAGGCCACUUAUGUGAUUGUGAUGUGCAAGAACUGUAAGAAUGUGCAGAGGGUUCCUUGUAGGCCAGGUCUUGGUGGAGCCAUUGUCCCUCGUUCAUGUAGCCAUAUUCCUCAGCCGGGAGAAGAGCCAUGCCCACUUGAUCCAUGGGUUGUGGUUCCUGAGAAAAGCAAGUAUGUUGAUCAACAAACCUUGAAGCUGCAGGAAAAUCCAGAGGAUGUUCCUACUGGAGAGCUUCCAAGAAACAUGCUUUUAUCGGUGGAUCGUCAUCUUGUUCAAACUAUUGUACCUGGCACAAGAUUAACCAUCAUGGGAAUCUACAGUAUCUAUCAAGCUGCCAAUUCUUCCACAUCCCACAAAGGAGCAGUUGCUGUUAGACAGCCUUACAUUAGAGUUGUAGGAAUUGAAGAAGCAAAUGAAGCCAACUCUCGAGGUCCAACUGAUUUUACACAACAAGAGAUAGCAGAUUUUAAGAGUUUUGCUGCAAAUCCUGAUGCAUACAAAAACAUAUGCUCCAAGAUAGCGCCAUCUAUAUUUGGUCAUGAUGAUGUGAAGAAGGCUGUGGCUUGCCUUUUGUUUGGAGGAUCUAGGAAGAAUCUACCAGAUGGUGUCAAGCUAAGAGGUGAUAUCAAUGUUUUGCUUUUGGGGGAUCCAUCAACUGCUAAAUCACAGUUUCUCAAGUUUGUGGAGAAGACGGCUCCUGUGGCUGUUUAUACUUCAGGAAAAGGCUCAUCUGCAGCUGGUCUUACAGCUUCUGUAAUCAGAGAUACUAGUUCUCGUGAAUUUUAUCUUGAAGGAGGAGCCAUGGUUUUGGCUGAUGGAGGUGUUGUCUGUAUUGAUGAGUUUGACAAAAUGAGACCGGAAGAUAGGGUUGCUAUCCACGAAGCCAUGGAGCAGCAAACCAUAUCCAUAGCUAAAGCAGGAAUAACAACAGUUCUUAAUUCUAGAACAUCAGUUCUUGCGGCUGCUAACCCUCCAUCUGGGCGUUACGAUGAUCUGAAGACUGCACAGGAUAAUAUUGAUUUACAGACAACGAUUCUUUCUAGAUUUGAUUUAAUCUUCAUUGUCAAAGAUGUUAGGAAUCAAGGUCAAGAUAAGAUUAUAGCAAGUCAUAUCAUAAAAGUCCAUGCAUCGGCUGAUGCAUCUAUUGGUGACAAUAGAUCUUCUGAAGAAGAUAAUUGGUUGAAGAGGUAUAUACAGUAUUGUAGAACAAAUGUUCACCCCCGUUUAUCAGAACCUGCAACAACUUUGCUACAAAAUAAUUAUGUAAAUAUCAGACAGGAUAUGAGAAAUCAGGCAAAUGAUACUGGGGAGUCUGCAGCAAUACCUAUUACUGUUAGGCAGCUUGAAGCUAUUGUAAGGUUGAGUGAAGCACUUGCCAAAAUGAAACUGUCUCAUGUUGCUACUGAGGAAAAUGUGCAGGAAGCAUUAAGGCUUUUUAAAGUUGCCACAAUGGAUGCAGCAAGAUCUGGAAUAAAUCAACAAAUUAAUCUUACUACUCAGAUGGCAAAUGAAGUAAAGCAAGCAGAAACUCAGAUAAAAAGAAGAAUAGGAAUUGGGAACCACAUAUCUGAGAGAAAGCUGAUUGAUGAGUUCACCAGGAUGGGAAUGAAUGAAUCUAUAGUGAGAAGAGCUCUGAUAAUCAUGCAUCAAAGAGAUGAAGUUGAAUACAAGCGAGAAAGGCGUCUUAUUUACCGUAAAGCAUAAGAUCAUUGUAAUUAUAUUUGAAACCCCUUGUGCUUAUUAACAGGAGAGGAAAAAUCUAGCUUUUAAUUAUGUAGUGUUCUUAUAUUAAUACCUAGAGGCUACGUUUAUCUUUUGCUCGCAAGACCAAGAAAAAAGUCCAAAACAGAGAUAACAGUGAAAAGUGGAUGCAUAUCAUAAUGUAUAUUUGACCCAGAAGAGACAUCUGCAUUAAUUUCAGACAUUGGUAUAACUGUAGAACAGCAAAUUUUAUUUUACUAAUUUAAUUUUAGGCGGACUAGUAGAAGUUAUGGAUACAUAACAGCAUGUUGUUCA